UCUCCCAGUGGAUCAUCUUCUCCCCCCCCCACCUCCACAGCAAUGGUAAGGCUCACUUCCGGACGAGGACCGGAACCCGGAAGUGUGUGGCACUGGAGGUUCCCCGGCUGCUCACAGGAAUUCACAUUCCCCAGUGAAAAUGGAGACAUUAAGGGACCUAUCUGUGAAGGAGCUCCAGGAGCUGCAGGAGAAUUCUGAGGAGAUCGAGCGUCUGGCACUGGAAUCAACAGAGGUCCAGGAACUACAGCUGGAAAGGGAGAUGGCCUUGGCCACAAACCGAAGCCUGGCAGAGCAGAACCUGGAGUUCCAGACGCCGCUGGAAACUGGCCGCACAAACCUUUCCGACAGAUACCAGAAGCUGCAGAAGCUGGCAGAACAGUGCCAGGAGCAGAAGGCAAAACUUGAGAAAUUCUCUGCGGCGAUGCAGCCUGGGACCCUGUUAAAUCUUCUGCAGGUGGAGGGCCAGAGGAUCGAAGAGGAAUCUGAGACUAUGGCUGAGAAGUUCCUGGAGGGCGAAGUGCCACUGGAGAUAUUUCUUGAGCAGUUUUCCUCCAUGAGGAAGUUGUCCCACCUGCGACGGGUCAGAGUGGAAAAGCUCCAAGAGAUACUGAGGAAGUCUGAAGCUUCACAGGAACCAGCCAGUGACUCUCAUUUUAACCACCAGCCUCCUGCUCCUCACAUAACUCCUGGGCCUGCUGACGAGCAGCAGCCACAGCCCUUCCUAUCAGGAACACCAUCCUUCCCUUUGCCCUAUAGUCCAGCCCCAUGCAUGCCUGUAGGCCCUACAGCCCAUGGAGCUCUCCAACCUGCUCCUUUCUCUGGAGCACCAGUUAUAAUGGGACCCCUCACCUCCUCUCAGCCAAGCACCCAACCCACAUUUCCCUAUAAACCAGCUCCUGGAUACCCACCUGGAGGCUCGACACCAGGAUACUCCCAGCCUCAGACAAGAGGCUCAUCUUCGGCCCCAGGGUACCCUUGGUCUCCAUGCAGAGGUCCACCACCUGCCUCAGGUUACCCUCAAUCCCAGCCCAGAGCUCCAUCUGGACUAGGGUACCCCCAGCCUCCCCAGCCUCCAUAUUUCCCACCAGGAGGCGGAAGACCACAGUGUCCAUACCCAACCCAGCCACCGCUACCUAGUUUCCCAAUUCCAUCCCAGCCUCCGUAUCCCCCAGCUUCACAUUCUCCCUUUGGAUAUCCACCACCUCGAGGCCCUGCUUGGCCUGGAUACUAGUCAGUACUUCUGGAGAGCUUGCUUCAUCAUCCUCUCCUGUGUCAUGGUCUGAGAUAUCAAUACUUGCUGAGAAAAAAGCGAAAGAAGAAAGAGCUGGGAGUGUUGUCCUCAGACCCAUACAUGUAUAAGGAUUAUGUAUGAUGAGAGGUGUGGUUCUGGCGUCAUAUACACGCUAGCAGCAUGAGAUGUAAGACAAAGUGACACUAUAACAGCACAUCCGAGGAUUGCACUAUUUUAGGUUUUGGUUAAUGAAUAAUACCGUGUGAUGACUGCUGGCAUUCUUCAGUGGCUACUUGUACUGAUUGAUCAUUCGAAGCCAUGUUAGAAAAUACAAAUAGUGGGCCAGAUUCUCUGCUACUAUAAAUGGGCAAAACAUGCACUGAUUUACACCAGCUGAGGAUCUGUGUGUGAGAUGCCUGUGUGUAUAUGGAUAUAUACCAAAAGAAUUCUAAACACACAGGUGUGUGAGAGAUGGAGUGAGAAUCUCGAACAGUAUUUGACCAGAAAUGCUCAUAUUGCUUCCCAGGGAACUCACUUGGAAACUAGAUUAGCAGAGUCAGCCAGAUUUAGAA